AUGAUACCACACGUAUCCUAUACCAUUCGAUGGAGAAUGACGANUCAAUCUGUGAAUGAAUAUCGUCGUCGAGCAACUGAAAGACAAAAUCAUCAAGCAUCACUGACAAAUGCUGUUCGAUGGGUAUAUAAUCAACAAGCAACAACAACGUCUUCUUCAAUCGAAACAUGCGAAUCAACAUAUCCUAUCUCAUUUGUAUAA